AGGACGUUCCGCAGUACAACCUGCAUUCAGACAGAGUCAGCCUACCAAGCACAUAACCAACCUACCGGACAGCAAAGAUGAACACGGAUGCGAUUGUUAUCGUUUCUGCCGCAAGGACUCCUAUAGGGGCAUUUAAUGGAACCCUAAGUAGUGUACCCCUCCAUGAACUGGGAACGCUGGUCAUUAAAGAUGUGCUGAAGAGGGUCAAUGUGAAGCCAGAAGAGGUCUCAGAGGUCAUUAUGGGACAUGUCCUGACUGCAGGUCACGGGCAGAACCCUGCGCGGCAGGCAAGUGUUGGUGCUGGUGUCCCAUACUCAGUUCCAGCAUGGAGCUGUCAGAUGAUCUGCGGAUCUGGCCUGAAGUCUGUGUGCCUUGGUGCUCAGUCCAUAAUGACGAAAGAAUCCACUAUAGUGGUAGCAGGAGGCAUGGAGAGCAUGAGUCGGGCCCCUCAUAUAGUGCAAAUGAGGUCAGGGGUGAAGAUGGGAGAUGCUACUCUGCAGGACACUAUAUUGACUGAUGGACUCACAGAUGCUUUUUAUAAUUACCACAUGGGAAUCACAGCGGAGAAUGUGGCCAAGCAGUGGGGGGUGUCCCGUGAGGCUCAAGAUCAACUGGCUGUGACGUCACAGAACCGAACUGAAGCAGCUCAGAAGGCUGGUUAUUUUGACAAGGAAAUUGUGCCAGUCACCGUUCCCUCUAGAAAAGGUCCAGUCGAGGUCAAAGUUGAUGAGUUUCCUCGGCAUGGCAGCAAUAUUGAUGCUAUGUCCAAACUGAAGCCCUGUUUUGUGAAAGAUGGCUCUGGUACUGUGACAGCUGGUAAUGCGUCAGGCAUAAAUGAUGGUGCUGCAGCUACUGUUCUUAUGAGCCAAUCAGAAGCCCAGAGGCGGGGUUUAAAACCAAUGGCACGCAUCACUUCCUGGGCUCAGGCAGGCCUUGACCCUUCAGUCAUGGGCACAGGGCCAAUACCAGCUAUUAGAAAAGCUAUUGAGAAAGCCAGAUGGAAACUAGAUGAGGUUGAUCUGUUUGAGAUAAAUGAAGCAUUUGCAUCUCAGUCUAUUGCCGUAGUACAGGAUCUUGGUCUAAACCCUGACAAGGUAAAUGUGUGUGGCGGAGCGAUCUCUCUUGGUCAUCCUCUUGGCAUGUCCGGCUGUCGUGUGUUGGUGACUCUUCUUCAUGCUCUUCAGAGGACAGGCGGACGGAAAGGAGUCGCCUCGCUGUGUAUCGGCGGAGGAAUGGGCAUCGCUAUGUGUGUAGAGAGAGAAUAAGGGCAAAUGAACACCCUGUAAUUUUGAGCUUUUAACCAGACUUUGAAUCCAGCUUUUCACAUUCAAAACAGAUAUGAAAACAUAUGGUAAAACUUAAGUAUAUAUGCAGCGUUAAUAGUAAGGAAACAGCCUGCAGUAAAAUGCACUCAAUUCUGCCUUCUUAUCUAAACUCAUCUCUAAUGUUUCAUCAUAUACAGUGGAUCUGUUUUGCACUUAACAUGUAUUGAUUCUCUUCGGGUUUAUGGUACAUGAAAAGGACUUGUUGAGGUAUACCAGCUUUUAAGACAUUCCCUUUCUGUAUAAAUUGUUUACAGUUGCUGAGACACUCAUGUAGUAGAGCUUUUAUUGGUACUAACAGUAGGCCUGUCCACAUGCGUGUUAGUUAUGACCUGUAAGUCAUAUUGUGGUAUUUAUAAAUAUUAAAUUCAUCAGUUGAAUGGAGUCGGUCCUGUUUCCAGCACCUUUUCCAGACCUGUCUACACUGUGCAAUAGAAAACUGCCUUAGAGAAUGUCAAAUGUGCCAAAAAGUAAAAUUAGCCUCUAUCCUGUGCUUCCAUUAGGCUGCUUUUAACUCUCUCUUCUCCUAAUUAAUACCUCAGGGGAAAUGCUGUUUACUUAUAUAGCCCGUGUUGUACUCUUAAUAUCACUGCCUAAUAAAGAACUUAAUGAAGAA